GUUACAGUCAACUUCAAAAUUAAGAGAAAAAAAAUUAAAUUUGAUUUCCAAAAUUUUGGUGUGUAAUAAAUUUGCAAAGAUGACACGUUCUCAAAAUUUAAAUGAUGCGGUCAAUAGUGAAACGUCUGUGCGUUAUAUGUUGAAGGACUUCAAAGAUGAGGUUAAAAGAAGAUUAAAGAAAAACAAUAACCUUGUACGCAAGUUCAAAAGGGCAAUUAAAAACUAUCGCGAUGCUCAUCAAAAAAGCUUGAAGAUCUGGCAUCAGGAACUGAAAAAGAAAAAUGUACCAAUCGCUGCACCUUCACCUACACCCUCACCUUCACCUAGUUCUAACGAAGUUGAUUUUAAGGAAAGGAUCAGUGUGUGUUCGGUGUUAAGUGAUAAUACAGGUCAAGAUUCUUUGGAUGAUUCAUCCAGUUCGGACUCAGAAUCGGUAAACAUUCAGAAGGAAGUGAAUUGGAAGAAGCCGAAGGAUAAGAUGAAAGCAGCUCCUCGUAAAAGAGGAAGACCUAGGAAAAAAUCGGUACCCUUCUGGAAGAAAAAAUCCUAAACAUGUAUAUCAUGUGCUAUUCACCUCAUGAUCCUCCAUAAUAAUGGUCAAAACUGGUUAAAUUAUUACUAAAUAGGAAAUCUAUCGACCUAUUGUUGAUGACUAUUUUCUAUAAACUUCAUUUUAUUAUUAAAUCGAAGGCAUUGUGACUAUUUUGUGGAGGAUGUAUUCCAUCUAUGACAUGAGGU